AUGGGGAUGUCUAAAAGUCUUAAAGUGAUUCUAUCUCUUGCUCUCAUUGUGUUCAUGGCUCUUGCAGCAACCAAGGUUGAGGCCGGAAGAUACAUCAACUAUCGUGACCUUGAUGGUGGAGAUCACGCCAGGAUGUGUGAUAAACGAUUCCCUGAGACAUGCAAGAAGCAUCAAGCGAACCCUUACCAUAGAGGAUGCGAGAAUAUCGAACGUUGCCGUACGUGA